CUGGCUUCAGCUUCAGUGAUCUGGCGCAUAUGCAUCUGGAUUUCGCCCCUGCGAGUCACUGCACGCGAGGACAGCGUAAUCGCGGCCAGACCUUCCGCCAACUCAUGCGCCUGACUGGCAAAGUACUCAGCCUCCCGCGCCGAGCCCCUGGCGCUGUACAUCUCACACAGCGAGAACAAUGUCGCCAGAAGACCCUCAGAGACACGAAACUCGGUAAUGCCUGUAAUCUUCCGCGGUUUGGUCGCGGUGCUCGGGGUCGAAGCGGAGAAAGGAUCAUCGUCGGGAGUUGAUGUCGGGGAGAGCCGUGCCAGGGUAUCAACUGCGCGAUUCCACAGCCUCAACGCACGUAGCAUCGCCUCAGCAUACAUCAAGAUGUCUUCUCGCGCGCGCUGAAUCUGGCCAAACACGCUCGCUGCCACCGCCGCUCGUUCUAGCCGUCCAACUCGCACAUAGACCCGCUCAACUGUCGUGGCUGCUGGCUUUUCCGUGCUUUCAGACAUUUUUACCAUAAGGAUGCGUCAACAGGGCGCGCACCUCCUAGCAACAUCGUUCGCUAAAACCAGGGCCUCCGCAUAACGCAAACACACCAACACACACAGCUCCUCAGGCACCCCUCCAAGCGACCCGUAUGCUUG